AUGUCACACGAAAUUUUCAAUAAAAAUUCGACACAAACCUCUCGAUCAACCUAUCGAGGUGAAAGUUCAACAACAAGUAAAGGGAGCGAGAGCGAACCAAUGUCAACAUUGAAUCAUGCAUCAAGCAUAAAUGAACCAAUAAGAACUACACAAAACGAUUCAUCUAAAAUUUCAAAAAAAUUAUCGGAUCCAUCAACAUUUAUUUCUCAACGAUCAAGUUUACUAAAUUCAGUACAAGAAAUAGUGGAUGCUCCAGUUCCGUUAACUGAAAAAUCAUUAUUAGAAAAAAAACUUAAUACAAAAUUACGAGAUUCAAAUGGUUUAGUCGUUGUUCGUAGUGACUCAAGUUCACCAUUAUUUUCAUUGAAAUCAUUCGAAGAACUUAAACUGAAACCUGAUUUAUUAAAAGGUAUUUUCAGUAUGGGUUUUCAAAGUCCAAGUAAAAUUCAAGAAAUUGUUCUACGUCAUUUAUUAGACACUUCACCAAUACAAUCACAAUCUGGUACAGGCAAAACAGCUGCUUUUGCUAUAGCAAUUCUAUCACGUAUUGAUCCAUUGAUUUCAACUGUACAAGCACUUAUUCUUGCGCCAACAUAUGAAUUAGCUAUACAAAUUGGUUCAGUUAUUGAAAAAAUGUCACAAUUUUUACCAUAUAUACAAAUCGCUUAUGCUGUGCGUAAUUCAUCAAGACCAAAACGAACUAAUAUGAUCCGUGACCAGUUGUUGACAGAACCAAUUGUUAUUGGUACACCAGGUACAGUUGAAGAUUGGUGUUAUAAACGACGUGUUAUAGAUUUAAGUAAAUUACGAAUAUGUUGUCUUGAUGAAGCCGAUGUUAUGAUAACAAUUGAAGGUUUUCAAAGAACAUGUGUUGAUCUUGUACGACGUCUUAAUCCUUCUGUUUGUCAAACAAUGCUAUUUUCAGCGACAUAUUCUGAUGAAGUUAUGGCAUUUGCACGUGAAAUUGUUAAAAAUGCACUAGUUUUCAGAUUGAAACGUGAAAAACAAACAUUAGAUAAUAUAGGACAAUAUUUUAUACGUUGUUUUGAACCUGAACAAAAAUUUAAUGCUAUUGAACAAAUCUAUGAUCAUGUAACGCAUGGAAAAAUAAUAAUUUUUUGUCGAAAAAGAACAAUAGCACAUGUUUUAGCUGCCCGGAUGACAAAUUCAGAACGUUCAGUACGAGAAUUAACAGAAGAUUUAGAUAUUGAACAACGUGCAUCAGUUAUUCAUGAAUUUCGUGAAUGUAAAUUUAAUGUACUUAUAUCAACAGACAUUAUAGCUCGUGGUAUUGAUAUUGAUGAUGUUUCAGUAGUUAUUAAUUAUGAUAUACCAGUUACUACUAAUUUAAAACCUGAUUAUGAUACAUAUCUUCAUCGAAUUGGUCGUUGUGGUCGUUUUGGUAAAUUAGGUUAUACAUUUAGUUUAAUUGACUCAGACAAAGAUUUCGAUAGGAUAAAUGCAAUUGAAGAACACUUCUGUCAUUUUAUUGAUGAAAUAACAAUUGAAGAAUUAACAAAUCUUAGACUAGAUCAAGAAUGA